UGCUUUCGGUAUAUGGUCACAUUCAGUCUGAUUGGCACAACAAACACGAAAAAGUUGCAAUUGACGCUGGCGAUGCUUUUGCACUUUUGCCAAAUAAAGCGUGCAGGAAUUUGCGUACGCACAAAAACGCAGCAAACGCCAGCAAAGCAAAAUAGUAGUAGAAAAGGUAGUAAAAAAUGCGGCGCUCGUUAAUUAACUAAUUAACAAAGUGUGAAGAGAACGGGAAUAGAUACAAAAUAGGUGUUGCUCCUGACCAAAAGUAGUGCCCCAAAAAGAAAAAAAAUCGUAGCACAAGUUUUAAUAUGACAUCAUACGCAAAUGACACAACGACCACGGCCGCAGCUCCAACAACGACAACAACAACAGCAACCUCAAACUCAGGAGCAGCAGCAGCGACAGCAGCUACUUCGGAAGUUACUGCAGUCGAGGCAACUGCAGCGCAGCUCAACAAGCAAAUGUCUAGUAGCAAUAACAACAAUGGGCGCUACGACGAGGACGAAGAUAACAGCAGCUUGGAUGGCCGUGAAAAAGCCGACACGACACCCGAGAACAUCAAGAAGAUUGCCGAGAUCAUAAGCGACAAGGAAGCAGCGGCUGCAGCAGCGACGCCUACGCAACAGCGACUGCAGCAUCAUGUCGCAUCGUCUGGCUUUGUAGGACUUGGCGCAGCCAUCGAUGAGUCAAACGUCAAGUUUUGCCUUGGCAAGCCGCCGCCGUCGCCGGCUGAAAAAGCGACCGUGCUGAGCCGAGCGAAUCAUCCACAUCAGAGCAACACCAACAGCAGCGGCGGCAACAGCAGCAGCAGCAGUGCUCACAAUAAUAAAGCCAACUCUGCGGCGGAUGAAGACGAUUCGACGGCAUCCAAUUCGACAACAACAACGAAGCAAUCUCUGGCCUUUACCAUAGAUCACUUUGACGCCUCGGAGAACGACGCUGCGGCGCAAGCGGCACGCUACAAAAACAUGAUGGAGCGCUUUCAGAGUCGCCAUCGUCGUGGCGCUUCCAUGUCCAAGCUGGAGACUGAGACGAGCAUGACGACGCCGACGGCGACAUCGUCGACGACAACAAAUGGCACAAGUGGCCGGCAUUCGCAGCGCAGCAGUCUCGACGCCGGCAGCAUGAUGGCACAUGACGAUGGCUCGGCAGCUGCCACGCCCACCACGGAAGCGGCAACGCCGGCGGUGAAACUGCGUGUGCGUGAACGCAGCGCUUCCCGUGUGCGAGACGCUUCCAAGCGGCACAGCUGGUCGCCACGCAGCUCGGCAACCAGUGGCCAUAUGGAACCAGCAACAGCACCAACAGCAACUGCUCGUGUCAGCAGCAGAUCGAAACAAGUGCAACCAACGGCGCCGCCCAAGGGUACGUCCAAUUUGCUGGCGAAUCGCACAGCGCAGUUUACGCCACGUUCGACGGCCAUGCAGCUGGCGUUGCAGCAAGUGGAGCUGCUGUGUCCACAUCCGCCGCUGGACGAUGUCAAGCAGGUGGCCGAGGAGGAUGCGGUCAGUGAGGCGGGCACCUAUACACUGGACGGCGACAACUACACGGAGGAGCAAAAGGAUCUCAUGAACAUUGAUCGCAAUGCGGCAGCAGCGGCGGCUGCGGCGGCAGCUGCUGCAGGCAAGUUGCGACCCAAGCAGCUGGCUGUGAAACCGCAUCGUGGUAGCAAUGUGCUGGAGGUGAACUACUAUCACGAGACGCCGCAGCAGGAGCAAAAGGGUAACAGCAACAAUGCCAACACAACUGCCGCUUAUCUGGAGCAGCUAAAAUCGCGUGUGUUGCGGCAGCAACCAGUGGCAACAACGACAACAACUGCAGCUGCACAGGCGCCACCAACACCGCCAUCGCCACGCACACCGGUCGCCGCCGUUGCAGCCGAUGUUGGCUGCUUUACGAGCGUAACGACGAGCGGUGUGCUGGCCAAGCAGCGAGCACUGGACACGCAUCCGAACAAGACACGUCAUGCCUCGCACAGUCUGUCCACGUCGCAGAUCGAUAGCUCCGAGUAUGUGAGCAACGAGGCAAAGCUGCGUCACGCCCAGGCGAUGGCGGGCAGUGCUACGGAUCGCCAGAAGGCCGAGUAUCGCCUCAAUGUGUUCACCACCAGCACGACGCAACAGCAUCAUCAUCCGCAUCAGCAUCAGCUGCCCGAGACGCCGACAACGCCAACGAUGACGGAGGCAGCGUUACUGCAGUCGGCGCCCACAAAGCAGGAUUGGAUACAGGAAUGGGCGCGUAAUGCGCGUGCCCGCAGUCUGGCGCAGGAUGUGAGCAGCAGCUCGGCCAGUCGACGCAAACAGCAGGCGCAGGCACAGCUCAUGACACGCAGCUACAACUGUUCGGAUACGGCGGGCGAUUCGCUGACCGAUGACAGUCUCAGUUUGUACAGCCAACAGCAGCAGCAGCAGCAGCGUCAAUAUGCCAAUGCGGCAGCAAAGCUUAAUCGCAGCCUGGCGGAACGGUAUCGGCUGCUGGGUGACUGUGACUACGCGAGCGAUCCGGCGUUGUGCAGCCAUGGCGCUGCCGUUGGUCAAAUGCAGUUGCCGGGCGAGCCAUAUAAGCCGCCCAAGAGUCCCAGCAAGAUACCAUCGCCGCUGCACACGCUGGGACGUGCGCGCAGUGCCAGUCGCUCCAGGCCAGCCAUCGAUCAACAGCAGCUACAGCAACAACAGCAGCAAUCGUCGUCGUCGCGUCGCAGCUCGGUCAAAUCGCCGGCGGCACAAUGCAGUCCACAGCAUAGUUUGGAGACGGGCUACAGACGCUCGCCAUUGCAUCGCGCUCUUAUGACCAGCAGCAUCAAUGAGGCACAAUUGCAGCUGCUGACCAGCGGCGAGUAUCUGCUGAAGCAGCUGCAUCGUCGCAAGAACUCGCUGGACGAUGUCGAGCACGAAUUGCCGCCAGCGGUUGCUGGUUCCAUAUCGCCGCUGCGACGCUCCAGCUCUUUCCAGCAGCAGCAACGUGGAGUGCACGGUGUGCGUCAGGCGCGUCCCAAUUUCCAGAAUUUAUACACGCCGCCAGCGGCGCGACACGUGCAACAACAACAGCAGCUGCAGCAACAACAGUUGCAGCUGAAGAAGUCGGCGAGCAGCAAUAACUUUGAGCAAUCGUACAGCGACUACGACAACGAGCUGCAGUACUACAUCAACGAUGAGGAUGAACUGGGCACCACAGGACCGUAUUACUCCAGCGGCGAAGAGGACAUCGAUGUGGACGAUAUGCAGCAGCAGCAGCAGCUUCAACAGCAACAUCAGCCGCAUGCCGGCGACGCAUCGGUGCCGCUGAGCAAUACGCGACUCAACAAGGCGCUGCUGAUGCGCAUCGAGCGCAGCAAACAGCGUGUGGCUGGCAACGGUGCUUCAACUGAUCGUCAGACGCCAGCCAAACCGAGUUCGGCGCCGGCGGGCAAACUGAGUGCGGCUGCCCAGGCAGCGGCUGGACUUGUGGCAUGCCCCAAUACGCCCGAGUUGCCGCGACGUGGCAUCAAGAGUGCACCGCGCGCCGCGUCGGGCUGCGGACCCAAGACGCGUCAGUCGAUGCCACGUGAAACGAGUCUCAGUCGACUGGCGCAACAAGUGCCCAGCAGUUUGGCCAAUGCCAAGAAGCAGCUGCUGCAGACGGCGAAUGCGACGGCACGGGAGCAGCAACAGUUGCGUGUGCAGCCCAAGUACCUGGACAUUUCCAAGUACAAGUCAGCGCAGUCGAAUAAUUUUCUGCGCAAAAACGAUUCGAAGAGCACUCUAAAACCAACGGAUCAAAUGAAACGCAGUCCCAGUGCCUCAUCGAUGGGUCUCAGCCGGGGCGAAUCGAAUCGUGCCAGCAAUCGCAGUGUUCGCUCCGCUGUCUCAGUGAUGAACAGCAGCACCACAUCGUUGGGUGGCGGCACACGUGCCACAUCUGCGGUGCGACGCGAUGCCUCCGUGAAUAAGCAAAAGGAGGCUGAGAUGGUCAUGUGGAAGCGACGCUCCACCUACGAUCCCAUGAAGGCAGCCGCUGAGGAUCGACGCCGCAAGGAAGAGGCACGCCGUGCCCAAAGUCAGAGCCAAGCACAGCGUCAGCUUAGCGAUGUGCCCGACGAGUUGCCAUUCGAAAGUACCCAAAGGCCGGCCAACAAUUUGACCAUUACGGGCAGCGUGAAUUACAGCCCAAGAAACUCAAUGGAAAACGACGCCUGGAUGCUUGGUGAAUCAUCAGAGUUUGGCGAGUAUCCCGAGGAUUACGAUGAGGAUGUCGAGGAGGAUGAUGAAUAUGUUGCCGGUCAAGAGUCCGAUGAUGUAUUCGAGGCCGAAAGAGCAGAGGCAACAAGUUAAAAAAGAACAAGAAAAAAGAAGAAAAAAACAAAAUGAAGGAAAACCAGCAACAGUGAUAUCUUUAAAUCGAUCUAAUGAUCAUUAUGAAUAACAAUACGAGAACUCGUAUUAUGAAAUAUUGUAUUUGAUAGCAAGCGCAUUGCGAUUUAGUUAUAAUCUGAUCAGAUCUGAUAUCUGCUUAACUGAAUAAUUUAUAUGAAAUGAAGUAUAUAUACGUAUAUAGCAUAUAGAAGCAAGUGCGAAAUAAAAUGAGUGAAUGCUUUCUGAAAUAUCAUCAACAAAUAUUAUUUACGAUGCUGUCCAAAAACGCCAUAAAACAAUACUACUUACAUACUUAUAUAUUUAAACGAUUUUAAAUGACGAUUAUCAAAUCAACUGGUCACAUUUUCGGUUUAAUAUAACUACAAAUACUCAAAGACAGAUCUGGACACAGUGCUCAGCAAGCGGGCGGAUUCAAUUUGCUAUAAAAACUAUAUCCUAUCUAAAUGGAAUUGAAAGGAUUAGCUCGCUAGCUUAAGCACUGUCCCGGCUUCUGAACAUAAAAUGAAUUGUCAGUAGGUUUUAUAUGCAUAUUGUAUGCUUAUCCUAUAAUGAUGUAUGGGUAAAGAUAAAGUUUUAUAUAUAUAACAAAUACUUAUGAGUAGAAAUUAUUUAUGUGGUACUUGCUUUUAAAUCGCGUUCAUUGCGUUAAUUUAAGCGACUUUCAACUGAACAAAUCUGAUUAAUUGAUUGACCAAGUAAUUGAUCUAUAUCUAGUACUGUACUAUAACUACAUACAUAUACUCUAAAAUUGGUGUCGGUGUCCAUUUUAUUAGCUGCUAUGCAAGUGGUAUCAACGAUUUCGUGCUUCUAGUUCAAAGGAUGCCACUUGAGAUAUUACAAGAGAGCGGCUACUUGAUUUUAAUGAUUUGAAUACAUUUACAAUAUAUUUUAAAUUGCUAGCGUCGAAAAUAUUUUUAAAUUUUUUGUAAAUUUUGCAAAACAAAACGUAUUGUACAACUUG